AUGUAUAAGCUGAAUUACGACGCAGCUGUGUUUGCAGAUUCUGCCAACUCUGGGUUUGGUGCUGUGAUCAGAAACUCAAGUGGUGAAGUCAUGGCAGCAAUGAUAGUCAAGGGUCUGGCAAUCCACGACAGUGAUGAGGCGGAAUUGCUCGCAUGUCGAAAGGCGAUGGAAUUUGCAAUUGAUGCUGGCUUCACGAUGCUCAUAAUAGAAGGGGAUAGUGUCAACGCUAUGAGGGGUAUUGUAUCAGGAAGGGAAAACCAGUCAGCUCUUGGGCAUGUCAUUGGGGACAUUAGGCAUUUGAUGGGAGCUGUGGAGUGGAGUUCUGUGAGUUGCAUUAAGAGGAAUGGUAAUAGGGUGGCCCAUGCACUUGCUAUAUAUGCACAUCACGUUAGUACUAAUUUAUUUUGGAUGGAAGAGGUUCCAUUAGUUGCUUUGGAUUUUGUAAACUUUGAUGCUUUCUUGAUUGAAAUGAAAGUCUGA